CGAUCGGUAAAAUCCUCGUACUUGCUAUAUAAGGCUUUUCAUUUGUAAUGUCUUUGCUCUGUUGAUGUGACACAUGAAACAGUGGCAUACCAUCAUAGCCAGCUGCAGAUUUGGACAACGGCAGCAGCAGCCUUUCCUGUUUCAGCCAUCAGGAGUCGACAAUGGAGUCAAUCGACACACACAGCUCUUCAACAGCCAGGCCAUCUGUUCUACAGAAGCAUCAAAUCAAUGGCAAGCUCCUGAUGUCAUCUAUGAUGACCCCAUUACUAUCAGAAAGUGGCAUCACAUUUAACAACUUUGCAUUUGACCCCAAUUCCCAGAAGCUGGAAGAAUUGAUCGUUCCAACCUGGAAACUCUCGCUGAUCUCUGCAUCAAACAUCCCAAGUCCUGGUCCGACUAUGGAUGCUUGCAGAUGGGCUUCCUUCCUUUGUCUGUAUGAUGGGAAUGAUUUUGUCGGAAAUGUCAUUUCCUUGGAAGCAAGGAAACCCUACUACGUCAAUGAAGUCUGGGAUUUCUGCACAAAGUGGUCAUCUGGCCAGUUCAUCGUGCGACAUGACGCCCAACCCACGGUGUUGAAGGUUUAUGUCGAGCUAAAUGUAUGUCACUCAGGUAUCCCACAGGAUAUGAAUGAUGCAGGUAUUGCUGGUCAGAGAGAAGCUGAAAAAGAAAGAGGGGGGGAACUUGGAAAGGCAGAUUGGAUCACGUAUGCAUGGGGCCUGAUCGAUUUGCCGAAGGCAACUCCGUCAACACCCUCCAUCCAGUUUGAAAGAAACAAUUUUGACAUCCCAUUGUAUGGUGGCUCCCUCGAGAAUCCUGUGGACCUCAAGCCGAAGAAAGGCAAUCAAUCCCUGUGGGAAAGCCUGGUAAAACGGGGAAGGAUGCCUGUCCUGAGAGUGAAAAUACAGAAGCCCAGGAAAAGUCUUCUGGAUAUUGCCAAGUAAGUUAUUUAUUAAACAGUGUAAUGACCCGCCAAAAACACAGACUGAGAACACUGCUGAUUUCUGGGAUUUGCCGCUGGAAUGAAUGCCUUGUUGAAAU